AUGGUCCCGUCUGUUCCCCUGCCUGGUUCUCCUGUGUUUUUCCCCAUGGACUCCAUUACCCACAAUCCUUCACACUCCCUCACCUGUCCCUUGUCAUCAAUUACCCUCACCUGCCAGCGAUCUUUUCAUCACCAGGACAUUAUAAAUACUUUCUAUGUUCUCCCCAAGAUGGUCUACUCUCCGUGUCUCUGGUCUGUAGCAAGCUGUGACAGAAGACCAGACCCACAAUAUGGAUUACAACAAUGGCUGUCCAGAGGAGUAUUUACUUCUCCAUCUCUGCCAAGACGGCCGUCCUCUGGAGAGUUAUGUGGAGGUGUUUGUAGAGCAUGUCCAUCAGUUCCAUCCCGUGACGUGUGGAUCUCUACAGCUCACCCCAAACCCAAGCCUGAAUCCUCCAUAUUCCUAGUCUCCGCUCCGGAGUUUCCAAGCUGCUCUGCUCCAGAAUGCUCCCCAGAGUCCGCUCCCGAAUGCUCCCCAGAGUUUAACCAGGAGCCCACUCCCGAAUACUCUCCAGAGCUCAGCCAGGAGCCCGCUCACUUCACAGAGCUCAACCAGGAGCCCGCUCACUUCACAGAGCUCAACCAGGAGCCCGUUCACUUCACAGAGCUCAACCAGGAGUCCACUCACUUCUCAGAGCUCAAUCAGGAGCCUAGCUCUUGUUUCCGCUGGUCUCGCCUAGCUCUCCUACGUAUCCUGAGUCUUAAAAGGUUCUCCCAACCCUCCUUCAUCAGUCAGCUCCUCAUCUCCAGUGCCGGCUCCUGCUCUAAUGUCGGCUCCUCCAGAGCGCCUCCAAGUGUCCGCUCCUCCAGAGCGACCCCCAGUAACUGCACUUCCAGAGCGCCCUCCAAUGUUCCCUGCUCCUCUACAGGAGCUCAGCCUGGAGCCCAUUCUCACUCCAGGGCUUAUCCCUAUGUUUCAUGAGUCUCCAGGGCCUCCUGUAUCUCCAGUGUUUCAUGAGUCUCCAGGGCCUCCUGCGCUCCCGGCACCUCCAUGGCCGCUCGAGCUCCCGGCACCUCCAUGGCCGCCCGAGCUCCCGGCACCUCCAUGGCCUCCAUUACCCUCACCUGCCAGCGAUCUUUUCAUCACCAGGACAGUAUAUAUACUUUCUAUGUUCUCCCCAAGAUGGUCUGGUCUCAUCUAUGUGUAGUGGCAUUGGUUUAUUUCCUGUUUGGAUCUUUGUUUUUAAUAAAUCUAUUGU